AUGGGGCUGCCCUGGCCAGGGCUAUGGCUGAAGAGGCUCUGGGUACUUUUGCAGGUGGCCGUGCAUGUGGCCACGGGCAAAGUGCUACUGACAUUUUUUCCAGAGAGAGUCAAGCAGCACAUCCUGGCCAUGGGCCAGAAGACUGGUAUCGCCAACAACCCCCACUUCAGCCAUGACAACUGGAUCCCAACCUUCUUCAGCACCCAGUAUUUUUGGUUCGUCCUGAAGGUCCAUUGGCAGCGACUCGAGGACAAGACUGAGCUAGGGGGUCUGGCCCCAAACUGCCCAGUGGUCCGCCUCUCAGGACAGAGGUGCAACAUCUGGGACUUCAUGCAAGAUGGCUGGGCUUUUAAGAACAACGUGGACAUCAGGAAUCACCAGAACCUGCAGGAGCGCCUGCAAGCGGCCCAUCUGCUGCUGGCCAGGAACCCCCAGUGCCCUGUGGUGGUGGACACGAUGCAGAACCAGAGCAGCCAGCACUACGCAGCACUGCCUGAGAGGCUCUACGUACUCCAGGAGGGCAGGAUCCUCUAUAAGGGUAAAUCUGGCCCUUGGAACUACAAUCCAGAGGAAGUUCGUGUGCUUCUGGAAAAGCUCCACAGUUAAUCUGGACAGAUCCUCCAGUUCUAGGUGAUCAAUAGGAGGGCUCCUCAAGGCUUGGCUCUCCCUCCAACCCAGCUGGCUUCUAUCUUUGACCUGUGUUGCCAGAUGAAUCUUAUCUAAGCAAACAACUCCCAGCUAGGGAGUGCAGGUCACAGCAUUCAAUCAGGACAAGUUGUUAUAACCACGAAAUGAAGCAACAUUUGAUCUGUUCAGGCAAGUGAACAGUUAAAGAAAGUAUAACUCCACACUUCUCCCACUGUGGAGACCACAUUCAUUGCACAAUGUUUUCAAGUGAAAGAACAGUCGCACUCCACAGCAUACUUCUGUGAUGUGGUGUCUCUCUACAGUCACUCUGAUACCAAGUGGUCCAUUAGGGCAUCCUUUCUAUUAGAUAAAUUUGCCAUUUAUGGAAUUGAUUAUUUAAGACACUAAAUUGUUUUUUAGAACCAAGCAUGGGGGCCGGCCCAUGGCUCACUCGGGAGAGUGCGGUGCUGAUAACACCAAGGCCCC